AUGCUAAAUAUGGGAGGGCCUUCGACAGUCGAAGAAACGCACGACUUUCUCAAAAACCUCUUCCUCGACAGUGACCUCAUCCCACUACCCUUCCAGCGCUUCCUAGCACCAUACAUUGCUCGUCGAAGAACACCGCAGAUUGAAAAACAAUAUGCCGCUAUUGGGGGAGGUUCGCCUAUCCUUCAUUAUACGAAGCUACAAGGCGAGGGCAUGGCGCAACUUCUCGACGAGCUUCAUCCACCAACCGCUCCACACAAAGCAUAUGUCGCAUUUCGGUAUGCUAGACCACUCACACAGGACACAGCACGGCAAAUGAAGGCGGACGGUGUCAAGAGAGCGAUUGCGUUCACGCAAUACCCACAAUAUAGCUGCAGUACAACAGGAAGCAGUUUGAACGAGCUAUAUCGUCGUGGAAAGGGUGGAGAGAUGGGUGAUGUCCAAUGGAGCGUGAUAGAUCGCUGGGGAACUCAUUCUGGUUUCGUCGAGGCAGUUGCGCAAAAUGUUGAGGCGGCUUUGGAGAAAUUUUCACCCCACACACGCGCCAACGCCGUUUUACUCUUUUCCGCACAUUCUUUACCAAUGUCGGUCGUCAACCGCGGAGAUCCAUAUAUAUUAGAGGUUUCAGCUUCCGUGGCGGCGGUCAUGAAACGAUUAGGUCACUCCAACCCUUAUCGUUUAGUAUGGCAAUCCCAGGUUGGACCAUCAGCUUGGAUGGGGAUGCAGACUGGUGAAGCUCUCAAAGGGCUCGCACGCCUCGGGAAAAAGCAAGUUGUGCUGGUCCCGAUUGCCUUCACGAGUGACCAUAUUGAGACGUUGUAUGAACUUGACCUAGAGUAUGCAAAGGAGGCAAGAGAGCAUGGCAUCGAAAUACAUCGAGCAGAGUCUCUAAAUGGUUCGCCGAUCUUCAUUCGAGCGCUUGCCGACAUUGCCGCAGAACAUCUUCGCGAUUGCGCCGCGGGGAUGGGACCUGUUGGCGUGCAAUUUGGCUUGCGGUGUCCAGGUUGCACAAACGCAACGUGUGGCAACCAAAAGGCUUGGUUCGCGCAGGGGGGCUGA